AUGUUAGCAUUAUUUAUUCUUUUUUUUUUUUUAGCUUGGUUUCAAAUUCUUAAUCUAAAUCUUUCUUCGAUUUACCUUUCUUGCUUUCUUUUUCUGUUGCUUUUACGUCUUUUUCUUUCUCUCUUUUUUUUCUUUUCAUUUGCCUUUAAUUAUACGCAUUUCUUUCUUCUUUUUAUUUUUCCCUUUUUUUUUUUACUUAAUCUUCAUUCGAUUCUUUUUUUUUUUUUGUUUUUUGUCUCCCUUUCAAUUUUUCCUCUCCUUCUGUAUUUUUUUUGUCAUCGACAAAAUACGUUGCUUCAUUUUUUGCUUUUCGCCCCUUAUCUCUUCUUCGUCUUUUCUCUCUUUUCUUCUAUCUUUGUUUUGCAUACUUUUUAUUGUUUUUUCCUCUCUUUUCUCCUUUGCUUUUCAUUCUUUGUCGAUUUUUCAUCUAUUUUUAUAUCUUUCUUUCCUUUUCUUUCUUUCCUUUUCUUUCCUUUCGCUCAAGAAAACACCUUUCUUUUCGCUUUGCUUUUCAUUCUUUGUCAUUUUUCUUUUCCCCUCUUUCCUUCUUUUACCUUCAUUAAAUACGUUUCUUAUUUCCUCCUCUGA